UGUUCAAUUUUUUUUGUCAUGUUUAUUUUAUCCCUGAACCCUUACUUUUCACUGACUGAAGCCUUGUUAAUUUGGCGGGGGUGAGCCUCAACUUCCGGGGUCUGGGUAUCAGUAAGAUCUUGCACAAUGAGACAGUUAGGGUUUAGUGAUUUUAAACGAUUUACUGCAAUAAAAAAUGGAGGCGGAUUGUUUUGAAAAGCAGGCGCCGGUGAAUCCCUGCUGUCAAUUGUGGAGAAAUAGGUGUUCUCAGCUACAAGAGAAGCGGAGUGCAUUGCGCCAAGCUCUGAAGCUUUUGGAGCAACAAAUUGACAAGGUUCAAAAUGAAAAUCUCUCUCUCAAGAAGGCAUGUGAAGAAAGCAGACACAUGCAGAACUUGAGAAAGAAGGAAGAGAGAAAGAAUUGGCUGCUAGAGUUUCAUUGGAGAAUGAGAUAUCUGCUUUGAGGUCUGAAAUCUCUGUUUUACAACAGAAAGGAAGAUUGCAGGCUAAAGAUAAAAGUGAGGAUCUGAAACUGCUGCAAGUUUCUGUUUCUGAUCGGGAAAGGGAAAUAAGUCAACUCAAAAAUAAGGGCAGAUUCAGAAAAGAAGAAAGCUGAAGCAGAGAAGAAGAGAGCUGUUGAAGCUUGGAAAUAUGUUAAAGCUGAAAACGGUAAGGCUGAUCAAGAAAGGAGGCUGGCAGAUACUGAAGAAAAGAAAGCUAAUGAAUAUAGGCUUAAGUUGGAGGCAAUGUGUAAAGAGGUUGAUGAUGCAAAAUCAAGAUUAGUUUCUAUGGCAUUAAAAUUGGCGGAGGGAAACAAAAAACUUGAAGCUGAAAAACAGAAGGUAAUGAAAGAGAGAAAAUGUGCAGAUGCGGAGAGGAAUAAAUUAGAGGAGCAAAGAAAGAUAGCAGAAGCUAUUCGGAAUCAAGCUGAGGCAGAAAAAUCUUAUGCUGAUAGUAUGUCUUGGCAAUUGGAAGAGACUAAACUAAGAGUUGAGAAAGAAAAAUGUUGUUCUGAUAAGCUCUCCCAACAGUUAGAAGAAGCUAGAGUAAAGAUUGAUGAACUGCAGAAGCAGAUAUAUGACCUUCAGUGCUCUAGAAACAGGGUUAAGGCUUCUGCUGUUUCACCUGAAAAAUAUUUGACUGCUGACUCUGGGAAAAUGAAACUUUUGGAAAAACAAUUAAAGUUUGAAAAAAAGCAACUAAAGCAGGUAAAACAAGUGGCUAAAUUGGAGAAGCGUCAUAAUGUUCUUUUGCGAGAAGUACUAGGUCAGUUGAAGUUGGAUCUUGUUCAAUUUUCCAAUCGCUUGGAUUUAGUGGAUAACUUCUUGCACAAGGCUGAAGGCAUAGGUAAUCUGAGAAAGAAAAAGUCUUUUAUACGCAGUUAUCUUAAGAAGAGAAAGAGGGAACUUGAUACAAUUGAAUCCAUUGAAUUGUUUCACUCAGAAGGUAAGAAGUUGCAUCUACAGAUGGGAGAGAAGCUGCCUGAUUUUCAUAAUAUGUUACACAGACAAGUUGAUGUAUCUUUGGAAGAGGAAAAUAACAUAGUUCCUAAACUUCAAGAGAAUUCGUUUGUCAAGCAUGAGCGAUGCCGCAAGAAGAGGAAGAAAUCAUAUGAAGAGGCUGUAGGUAUUCAGUAUUUUUUGAGUACUGAUGCACAGAAGAAGACAAAAAAAGUUGAUGGAAAUAGCCAUGGAGAUGGAAGGGUGCCCACAGAAGUGUCCCAAUCUACCAUUGGUCUAACAGGAUCUGCACGGCCAUGCGCAGAGGGCAUUUGUUAUUCAGUUACCAGUGACUUUGAAACUAAUAGAAAAUUUGAGGAGACAGCAUAUGGAGAUUUUAUGAAAUUGCUGGACUUGGACAAUCCUCUUGAUGAGGAAUAUUACAGAAAAGCAAUGGAAAUGCCUAUGUCGCCUACUCUUCCUGAGAUUGAGUUUCCAGGUGCUGAAUCAUUUGAUACGGGUAAAUCUCAAGACAAAAGUUUCUAUGGUGGCUUGUCUGAUGUAAAAGUAGAUAUUGCGCCUUCUUGCAGCUUUGAUGCCAUCAAUGCAGAGAUUAAUUCCAGUUAGUUGAAAAAAUGUGUCUGUACUUUAUUAUUUUAUGAGAAUGAAGGUCCUGUUGAUUCCUAUUAUCCUCAAGUGAAUAAUGGGAAUGGUUUUCAUAAUAGUAAGCAAUCAGGAAAAAGUUUUUGUGAUCAUCAGUCUGAGGACUUUGGUGUGUUGGGGGUCAGAUCAGAUCCAUGUAGUUCUAGGGAUGAAGUUGUGCCUUCUGAAAGUGAAGUUGGACCCACACGUAAUAAUGUUCCUAGGCUCUUCAUUGUAUCAUGUGAUUUAAAGGACAAUAGCAGUAUAUCCAGAAUAUUUUGUGCUACAAAAACGUGUGUGGAUCGGUUAUUGCUGGUUACUCAAACAGAGUGGAUAUUGCAAAAGGUUUUGCUUGCUCUUAAAAUUGAAGAAAAUUUGCUUUUGAAGGAGAAGGCCUGUGUAUUCUUUUCACUGUUACUCCUCACUUCUCAACAGCUUCUCCAGGAUGGCCUGGGAACUUUUUGAGAAGGAAUUUCACUGUUUGCUCAGAUUCUUUCGCCAGACAUGUUCAUGUUGUAAUGUCUGAUGCUGAGGCAAGAAGCGCACUUGAUGAUUUAUUUUUGGUUGAGCUGCUGAGUCUGAUUGAGGAUUUCCUUGUGGGUGGAAGCAUUGUGAUAUGCACCGAUGGAUCUUCUGCAACAUUUAGUGAAAGUAAUUUAAUAGUCAAUGCCCAUCAAGAUGGUGUAAAUACAAUGUUCUCAUUUCAAGCAGCUUCAGCUGACCAGUUGGUGGUGGGGAGCAUUAUAUUGGCAUCAAUAUGUACAGCAACCAAUCACAUUGGAUUUAUUAGUGAGGCUGCAUACAAUGUUUCUCUGAUGCGCAGGAGUGAUCCUUCGCUGGUGCUGUUAAUUCUUCACAUUUUCGCUUAUUUGAGUGGGGGAAAGUUAUUUACCUCGAAAAAACACAAUUUAACGAUGACUGUAUUGAAAUCAAUAGUCACAUAUUGAUGCGAACCUGACUCCACCCUCUGUUUUCCCAGGUUGAAUUUCCAGAAAAUCACUCCACAGCAGACCUGCAGCUUCCCUCUUCAGUACCAGCCAACACCAUCACACAGAUAUCCGGCCCUCAACAAUUUCAACAUCAACCAUGGUUCAACAUUGUAAAUGAAUAAAGCAAUGAAACAGUGCAUGUAUCAAACCACAAUCAAUGAAACAGUGUAUUCAUUAAUCUCAGUUCUGUAUACAUCUAGUUUAAUUACAAAAUACAUUCCCUUUUUUA